AUGGGCCAGAGACAUAAUCGACGUCGCACACGACCCCGAUCUCGAAACCGCAGCGCCAAUCCUCUACUUCUUCCGUCCCAACCUUUCCCACGACCUGUCAACCUCUGCGCUCCAGCUGUUUCCUCCGCUUUCGACUGUCCUGAAAUACCCGCCCCGACCUGGCACUAUGGGCAUUUGCUAGGACAGAAGCGUGAUCGUGCGCUGAGGAUGGAGGCUUCUACGCUGGAGGCGGAACAGUAUCGCCUCUUUGGCGGUGUCCCGGGCGACGAUGUUGGUCUCUGUUAUCGCAUGUUGGAGUACUUCGGUGGACUCGAUUAUAUCGAUUGCAAUUUCAUAAUUGUCGUCCAGGCGGUGGAAAAAAUAAUAUUUUCAACAAAACCAAAAAAGGGAAACGAAGGCAUACCCAAACGGCACGCAAACCUCAACCGAUCGCCAGCGGGCCCCAUCCCGACAUUAUCGAAAAUCAAAAUCCGACAUCAGCGAAACCAGAACAAUACCAGCCCUCGAAAUAAAAGCGCGAGAACCAGUUUUCAAUGGAGGACCCAAGUCAGUGACUUGUAG